UCUCACUGUGACAGGUAGGAGAGAGCAUGCUCUAUAAUCAUCUCUUUGUUUCUCCUCUCUCACUUUAUCGGUUCCCAAGCAGUAGGGUUAGUCUUGGGUGUUUUGUGUCGGACCUCAUACGCUCCACCUCACAUCCUUCAAAAUACACUAAAAAAACAUUCCUUCUAUGUCUCUCUUCAUGGUUAAUUGCUGGGAGUGAGCAGGGGCUUAAAUAGAACCAUGUUCAUAGAACUUGUUCCUUGGUCCCUCUCAAACUUCAGAGUGGUGUUGGUGUGACUGCAUUACCAUGUGCAGCCACAGGGCUAGUGGUGCUUUUGGCCUUCAAUGUUUAUCUCAGGAGAGAACUUUAUCUUUGUCUUGCUGUGACCCCUGCAUGUUAGCAUUAACUGCUCUGGAAAAUAACAGAAGGCUGCAAAAACUUAUUUUCUGGGAUGACCUGGUGUCAGUACACACUGUCUGGUGUUAUCUCUUGCAGAAAUGUGAGUAAUUCACUUCCAGGAAGCCAUCGGAGUGGUUCUGUUCAGCCUUUUUGUCCUCAGUCACUUUUGCUGCAUUUGCCAUAACUCACGAGUGGUUCUGAGCUUGUCUCCUUUUUCCUGUUUUCCUCUUAAAAAAUGGUGGUGUUUUGCAGAUGUCUACAUCUUGAAGAUUCAUUUCCAAGUGGAACUGAACCAGCAGCCCUCUGAAAAGACUGUAAAGUUGCAAAUCUGAAAGAAAGGAAGGAACAACGUCUCUCUUAGAUAUUUGCCAGUUGCCUUUUUUGAAUAGUGUUGCAUGUGGAGCAGUGGGGUACAGCCAGGUACUAAACCAGAGUGGUCCUUUUAUGGAGCCAAGACAUGUGUGAUGCUACCUGAAAGGCUGGCAGGAGCCAAAUAGCCGUGAGUGUAUUUAUAAGCCUUAAAGCAAAUAAAAAAUCCAUGUGCAGUGCAGUUAGCUCUGUUCCAAAGAAAAUUGGAGAUGCCAGCUCGUCCUGUUGAACAGAAGCGAUGCGUUGACACAGCAACAGAGUCUUGAACUCACUGCACUUAACUCCUGCAAAAUUCCUGGGUUGCAAUCAAGGACCCAGACGAUUCAAGGAUUUUUUUUCGACUUUAGAAUAGAAAAUCCAAAUAGCCCUCUAUUGUGUUUCCUUGUACCUGGAGCUUGGGGUUUCAGUGCUCUGUUUCUAGCUGCCCGCAAUGGCUGUUGCACAGUUGGAUGUUACAUUGCUCACAUACCUUGCCAUAAAUGAAAAAUGUGGAUUUCAUGGUUUCUGCUUGUCUUAAAAACAGAGGGUACUAUGUUACUAGCAGGCAAUGUCCUGUCUACACUUGCUCAAGUUAAUACCAUCUGUCCAACCCAGCUUUGCCCAGAAUAGAGCUGAACAAUUGAGUUUAUAGUAGCAAUAAAGAACAACCCUUGAAGAUGCAUUUGAAAACAAACAGUUUCAGUGGUUAGCUAUAGCGACCUUGCAUUUGGAAGGCAGCAUGGCCUUAGCCAGCUCAAGGUCACAUGAAGUUUUGGGUUGCUUUUUUUAAACUAUCUGCUGUACUUUUUCUAGAGCAAAUGUGAAACGCUUGCAGUAUCUGACCUUGCCUCACCUCAUACUGUAAAAGUGAUUUUGGAGACCUAUACAGUGUUCAGUGUCACCAGGUAUGUGCAUCCUCUCUGCCAAUAUGGAGAACAUGAAAUGCUCUCUCCUUGGUGUCUACAACGUGAAUUUCCAGCACCAGGCGGACCAUGUAGAAGCUGCUGUGGCACGAAGGCUUGAUGUUUUGAAGAGGGUGUCUCCCCAGCAUCUAAAUCAAAGCCUUGUGAAAAUGUCAUCUCUCCAUACUCCACACCAUCUCUCCAAGCGCCGUGGGAUCUCAGCCCCUCCCCAAGCCCAGAAGGCAGCCAAGCUGCCUCACUGCCAGGUGUUUGUCCUGAUCCGUGUGGUGACAGUGCAUACCGCAAAAUCUUAGAGGCUAGGUCGAUGGAAAAGAGAUGGAAAAGGAAGGGUGGAGAAUGAGGUAAGACUGGCAGGUAGGAGUGUGUGCUGAGAGGUCUGAUGUACAUAGUUGGCAGGCAUCACAAGGGCAGAACAGUUAUAGCUGGUAUUUAUGCAGCUGCUGUUUUAGCUCAGGAUGAUGAGACAUUACCUUUUUCCUGAGCAGUAAUGCAAUUAUUCACCUUAACCUAUGAAAGAAAUGCAACCCUGCACUUUGCCAAAUUGUGCUUACUUCUGCAAAGCAAAAUCCCUUACUUUUUGUGCUAAAAAAGAAAGGAAAAUCAUUCUGGAACAAGUUUUGCUAUUUGAUUGUUUUUUGGAACAAAAGCUUGUCCAGAAUAGAUGAAAAUAUGAGUGGAAAAGCCUGGCAGGACUCAGGCGAUGAUGCUCUUUCAGUAAGAAAGGGCAGAGCAAUAACACAUGCGGGGAGAUUCCUUUGCAUCGUUCCUUUUGUUUAGAAAACACAUCUCCAGAUACCAGCAAUACUGUUAUCUGGCAGGACCACUUCUCUAAACCCUUUCAAUCAUUCUUAAUGGCCAGAACAAGUUUUCAUCAAAAAUACUCUCCCACAACAAUGUUUGUUUUCAAAAUACAGCUCUAUUUGGCUGGCUGCACCAUCUUCAUCGGUUGGAGCAAGAUAAAAGGACCGAUCGCUUGGCUGAGUAACUCAGAUCUCUUCUCAAGGGAAGCAGCACAUGGUCCAGAAGGAAAGCAAAGGAAACAGGCUUGCAGUUGUUAGCUUCAUGCUUUCUCUGUUAAGUGUGCGCUGCGAGGUGAGAAGACAGGUCUGUCUGCAGGUAGUGAGAAAACAUCCAGUGUAUCUCCCUGCAGCCAGAGGUAAGAGAUUGGGUUGGGACCUGUGACGUGAAACAAACCCAUAGAGCAGAGGAAUGGCAUUUCUCAUCAUCCCAGUUUAAUUUUGAACAGCAGCCGGUCCAGGUCUUCUCUCAAGAGAUAUUUUCUCUGUGUGUAUUGUUCAGUUUUGAUAAAAAGGUACGUUUUGUUGCAGCAAAACAUUUUGACUGGAAAAUUUGGACUGAAAAAAAACUGGUAAGUGUAUAUGUUGCUUAACCAGACUGAGAAAGUGGGAUGCUUUCAUUCUGCAGGGAGGAGCCCCUGCAAUGAGCCUGUUGGACACAAGCCAGCAAUACAUAAAAUUUUUUUAAAUGCUAAAGGAAAAAUUGUUUUGUAAAUGAUCUCCCUUGCCCACUUGUUACAUCUCUAAAGCAUCACUUGGAAUAUCUUAACUGUUUCAGGGCAGUUUUUGCUUAAGCGGAAGUGUCAUGAAGAAAUGCAGGGUUCCUGAUGAAGUUUCAGUUUCAGUUUCAGUGAGAUAAUAUUGUUUGAUCUUAACCCAACCUGCUGCUCCGUUCCAGCACAAAAGUUGUGUUAGGAAGGAGCACAGGAGUUUCUGUAGCUCUGUCCCUGAUGUGGUCGUCUGUGCCAGCGUGAAUGAAAUUUAAACCAUGGUCUCUGGGUUGUGGUUAAUCAGGUCAAUAAGUGAAAUAAAAAAAAAAUCACCCUGCACUAUGGGAAGGUGCUUUUCUGUUUGAUUUGUAUGAGGUUAUUUUCCUUUAUGUAUUUAUCCAUGCAGUCUGCAUGAAUCCUGGAGCUAAGCAAAGCACAUAACGUACAUGACUGCAACAUUUCAUGGCUGCCUGCUCUCCUGCUUUAGCUCUCCUGGUCCAAUGGAGGACAUGUCAAGCUUGAAGCCCAGACAGAGCAAAGAUGUACCGGUCUCCCUAAUGUCAGAAGAGACUCCUGCCAAUUUUAUACACAUCAAAUUGGAGGAGUAUGAGCCCACAGAUUUCAGCACCAAGGAUCUCAUCCUAAAGAAAGCCAGAGAAGUCUGCAUAUGCAGUCAUCAGACCAUCAUCACCUUCUUCUACCAGCUGUUCCCAGUGCUGGACUGGCUUCCCCGUUACAAUGUCAAGACACAGCUGCUCGGGGAUGUCAUAUCUGGGAUCCUGGUGGGGAUAGUUGCCAUCCCUCAAUCCAUCUCCUACUCCCUGUUGGCCAACCAAGAUCCCAUCUAUGGAAUCUACACCAACUUCUUCUGCAAUAUCAUCUAUGUCGCUAUGGCCACUUCACGCCAUAAUUCCGUGGGCUCCUUCGGGGUCCUCUGCCUGAUGAUCGGGCAGUCUGUGAACCGGCACCUCCAGCUAGCAGGGUACAGCGAUGACAGUGCUGGCUCUUUGCCGGUGGGCAAUUCCACCUUCUCCAGUAACAGGACGGGCACCUGUGACAGGAGCUGCUACGCCAUCACUGUGGCUCUUUCCUUAAGCUUUCUGGUUGGUCUUUAUCAGAUCCUGCUGGGGGCUUUACAGCUGGGCUUUGUUGCUGUCUACCUGUCAGAACCUCUCCUCAGUGGCUUUGUGACCGGCUCCUGCCUCACCAUUAUCACCUCCCAGAUGAAGUAUCUCCUGGGACUGAAAAUACCUCGUCACGAAGGGGUUGGGUCCUUCAUCCUGACGUGGGUUGACCUUUUCAGGUUCAUCCAGAACACCAACAUCUGUGACCUGAUCACCAGUCUGGUUGCUUUGGCCAUCAUAGUACCUGUCAAAGAGAUCAAUGACCGGUAUAAGGAGAGGAUGAAGGCCCCAUUCCCCGUAGAGCUGCUGGUGGUCAUUGUAGCUACAGUAAUAUCUCACUACUUUAACUUUCAAGGGCGAUACAAAUCUGCUGUUUGCGGGGAUAUUCCCACUGGUUUCAGGAAACCCACUCUACCGGAUAUAAACCUGUUUUCCAGCCUGGCAGUUGAUGCUCUGCCCAUUGCGGUUAUUGGCUUUGCCAUGACUGUCUCCUUGGCGGAAAUCUUUGGCAAAAAGCAUGGCUACACUGUCCGUGCCAACCAAGAGAUGAUUGCCAUUGGCAUGUGCAACCUGAUCCCUUCUUUCUUCUACUGCUUUGCCAGCUCUGCAGCCCUGACCAAGACUCUGCUGAAGGAGUCCACGGGCACCCAGACCCAAGUCUCCGGCCUGGUCACCUCCCUGGUGCUGCUGUUAGUGCUGCUGUGGAUCGCCCCACUCUUCUACUCACUGCAGACCUCCAUCCUGGGGGUGGUCACCAUUGUCAACCUGCGGGGGGGCCUGAGGAAGUUCCGUGACACACCCCGCAUGUGGCAGCUCAGCAAGCUGGACACGGUGGUGUGGUGGACCACCAUGCUGUCCUCCACGCUGAUCAGCACGGAGAUCGGGCUCCUGGUGGGUGUCUGCUUUGCCCUGCUCUGCAUCAUCUUCCGGACGCAGAGACCCAGGGCCACGCUUCUGGGCAAGGUUGGCAACACAGAGAUCUAUGAGGACCAGUCCACUUACAAGCAGCUCAGCAGUAUCGCAAACAUCAAAAUCUUCCGCUUCGAGUCAUCCCUCUACUAUGCCAACAAGGACUAUUUCAAGACUGUUCUUUACCAGAAAACUGGGGUAAAUCCUAUCCUCCUGGCUGCUAAGCGCCAAAGAGUGGAGGCACAGGCAAAUGCGGACACAGGCAACAGCAAGAGCUUUUUCAGCACCAAGCCUGACUGCCUGAAACAGGCCAAGAAAAGGGCUGAGAAGCCUCCAGCAGAUGCCUGCCCUCCCUCCAUAGAUAUGCACACCUUAAUCCUUGACUGUGGGGCAAUGCAGUUCAUAGAUACUGUAGGUCUCUCUGUGCUAAAAGACACACAUCAUGACUAUAAGGAGAUUGGCGUCCAGCUGCUCCUGGCCAACUGCAACCCUUCCAUCCGCCACCGACUCCGGGAGGGAGGCUGGGCUGGGGAGACAGACAGUGGUGGUCAGCUGGCUUUCCAUAGCAUCCACGAUGCAGUGCAGUUUGCUGAACAGCGGUACCACGUGCAGCAGGAGGAGAGCAAGGAGAAAAAAGAUACUCUCCUGGGCUCCGAAGACCUCCAGGCAUCCUUGUAGACUUGUGUGUGAGGAAUGAUUUCUGACUGGGCUAGGCUUGGGAAUGUGCUUGAGAGCAGUUUUAGUCUUGAUGCAAUCAGAGCGUGCAAAAAAAAGACUUUGAUGAACUGUCAGCAGCAGGCAUGAGGCAAAAAGGCUGGGGAAGGUGAGGAAUUCUGGAGAGACUAAAACAGGUAAAUAAUCUGAGAAGCGUUUCAAGGUCUGACGGGUGUUAUGAGGAGUAGCUGGGGGAACUGGGGCUGUUUAGCCUGGAGAAAAGGAGGCUGAGGGGGAGACUUUAUGACUGUCUACAACUACCUGAAAGGAGGUUGUAGCAAGGUGGAUGCUGGAUUCCCAAGUAACGAGAGAUAGGAUGAGAGGAAAUGGUCUCAAGUUGCACCAGGGGAGGUUUAGACUGGAUAUUAGGAAAAAUUUCUUCACUGAAAGAGUUACUGGGCACUGAGAGACUGCCUGGAGAAGUGGUUGAGUGACCAUCCCUGGAGAAGAGGCCAGCACACACCCCGCUACCACCUCCUUUCAGGUAGUUGUAGGCAAUGAUAAGGUCUCCCCUCCGCUUCCUUUUCUGUAGGCUGAACCCCUCUACCUUCAGUCGGGGGUGAGGAAGAAGCGCUGCAUCCUGGGCAGGGCUGGCUGGGUCAGUGGGUUCCAUGGGCUGAUGGGACACCCUGUGCUGCAGCUGGGGGAGCCCCUGGCAGCUCGCCCUCCACUGAGACCAGUCCACUGCAAAAGCCCAGGCCACCUCCAGGCUGGAGUUGUAUUCCUCUCUAACCUGGUGACAUUCAGAAGUGGCCUGGGAAGGACCAGCAGUGUGAGACAGCCUUGUCCUUCCGUGUUACAGGUGGUGCCACAGUUCUGAGGCAGCGACAGGUACUGCCCUGCUGCAACGGCCAUCACAGGACGAGCCUUUGCAGGGGUUGUUCCCAGAGCUCCAUCAGUGACCCAAGCUGAUGCCUGAAAAUCCCAGUCCCAGUGGCACGCCAGCAUUAACCACCAUCACUUGUCUUUUGGGGAGAGGGAGGAUCAAGAUUGGACACUAAGGCAAAGGAGAGAGGAGCUGCAGGCAAGGUCUGCCAUCUCCUUCUCCUCAGAGCCCUGGUGAUGCUUCCCACCCCUUCCCCCCCAGGGGGCACAGCUCCAGUUUCCGAGGCCAGGUGUGAAGAUAAGCAGAUCCCCUGGCUGCGCAGCUCAGGAUGUGCGCUCGCAGACAGGAAAUGGGCUGCAGGCAGCUCGAACACAUCAGGAAGGUUCACAAAUGCAACUGGAGCUUGUUCCGUGGAGUUUUCGUCUGUGUGCAACUCCAGUGGCUGUAUACUGUCCCAAUGCGGAAUAACUAGGGAAAGAGAGGAUGACAGCAUCCUCUCUUGUGGCACAGUCUCUUGAAAACUGCAUUGCAGAGAAAUGCACAUCCUAAUGGAUCUUUGGGUUCCAGACAGUGAGGCCACUCACCCGCCUUCCAAGAUGUUCAGGAGCAGCAGUUAUGGCCUGGCUGCACUGAGGACGAGAACCACCAGUCCCGCUCACUCCUUCCCUCGCUAAUGUAUAUUUCGGUUUUGCCACUUUUAAUUUGGACUGCCCUUCUCUCUUCCACGAUCAUCUGAGUCAAUGCGGGAAAUGGAUUGCAGAGGCUCGUUUAUUUUUCAAACACCCUACUGCACAGAGUUGAACCGCCCCUCAAAGGCCACAAAAUGACAGCAACAAACCCAGCAACAGCAAACACUUCCCCAAAAAAUAAAGGGAGAAACUUCAGAAAACUGCUGGGAGUUUGUUCAGCUGACAGUUCUUGCUCAUGUCCUGUGUGAGACUCAGGACAGUCUGCUACAGAGGAGGAGAGAUGCUUUCCCCUGCUGUUAUUCAAAGGCUGGAGUUUGUGUGGCUCCCAUUGGCUGAAAUUACAGAUUUCCUCCCCAAAAAGGUAUCUGAGAUCACCAGCAGCUAUUUAUAAACUGUAAACCAGGAACACCUGUGCCACAGCUUAUAAUGGCCACGGUUCUCCUAGUGUUUGGCAGAACUUGUGCUGUGUUACCUAUCCAUGGCCAGAUUCUGACUGCAGAGGAAGACACAGUGCUGUCACUCGUAGCAGCGGGGCAGGGCUGCCUCCUGCCUGUAGAGCUGCUGGAGGUGUGCGGCCAGAGGGACCUCAGCUCUGAAGCAGACACAGAACCUGUCCUUUCUGGUGGCUCAGGACAGGCAGCACCUGGCUGUCGAUGCUACUGCAUCCCAGGGGUAAGUCUUUGCUCUGAGCUGAGGCUCUGCAGCAUUGCCAAAUACCAGAAUAGCUUUUCUUCCGUGACAUCCAUCUGUAAAAACACCUUCUAUAUUGCAUAUUUAAUAUAUGAUCAUCCCUGUGGCCUCACCCAAGAAACACGGCACCAAAGAUAUCCCA